AGUCCUCGGAGGCGGACUCGCUUCCCAGCGUGCCGCGCGCAAAGCCCGCGCGCUCGCUCGCUCUCUCCCUCUCCUCUUGCAGCCUGUCUCGCAGUCGGUCUUCUUUACUGAGGCGGCGGCUUGAACGACAACGACCUGGGCACGCGGCAGCAGGGGGGCAGCGGCAGGGAGGGCUCGAGGCCGGGCGGUGUCGUCGUCUGUGAGGAGAAGAAGAAGGAGGAGGAGGCGCGCCGCGGCGGCGGCGACGGCUCAGUCCGACCAUGUCGGGCGAGGAGGAGGCGGCCGAGCUGACGAUCGCGGAAGACGUGGUCGUGAACAAGUACAAGAUGGGGGGAGAAAUAGCCAACCGAGUCCUGCGGACUGUGGUAGAAGCAGCUAAGUCUGGAGUGUCUGUCCUCAGCUUAUGUGAGAGAGGGGAUGCCAUGAUCAUGGAAGAGACUGGCAAAAUCUUUAAGAAAGAGAAAGAUAUGAAGAAAGGUAUUGCCUUCCCCACAAGUAUAUCGGUAAAUAACUGUGUCUGUCACUUCUCCCCCUUGAAGAGUGACCAGGAUUACAUUCUCAAAGAUGGUGAUUUGGUCAAAAUUGACCUGGGAGUCCAUGUUGAUGGCUUCAUAGCAAAUGUAGCUCACAGUUUUGUCAUUGAUGCAUCAAAGGAAACUCCAGUGUCAGGUCGCAAAGCUGAUGUCAUCAAAGCUGCUCACCUCUGUGCUGAAGCUGCUCUGCGUUUGGUUAAGCCUGGAAACCAGAAUUCACAAGUGACAGAUGCCUGGAACAAGAUAGCUCAUUCAUUUAACUGCACACCAAUUGAAGGGAUGCUAUCACACCAGCUGAAGCAACAUGUGAUAGAUGGGGAGAAGACUAUCAUCCAGAACCCCUCAGACCAGCAAAGAAAGGACCAUGAAAAAGCAGAAUUUGAAGUCCAUGAAGUUUAUGCCAUUGAUGUUCUCAUCAGCACUGGAGAAGGAAAGGCAAAGGAUGCUGGGCAGAGAACUACAAUUUACAAAAGGGACCCUUCCAAGCAAUAUGGUUUGAAAAUGAAAACUUCCCGUGCCUUUUUCAGUGAGGUGGAAAGACGCUUUGAUGCUAUGCCAUUCACUCUCAGGGCAUUUGAGGAUGAAAAGAAGGCAAGGAUGGGAGUAGUAGAAUGUGCUAAACAUGAGCUGCUACAGCCUUUUAAUGUCCUCUAUGAUAAAGAAGGAGAGUUUGUUGCCCAAUUUAAGUUCACGGUGCUUUUAAUGCCCAAUGGUCCCAUGAGGAUAACUAGCGGUCCCUUUGAGCCUGAACUCUACAAAUCAGAAUUUGAGGUGCAAGAUGCAGAUCUGAAGGCACUCCUACAGAGCUCAGCAAGCCGCAAGGCCCAAAAAAAGAAGAAAAAGAAGGCCUCUAAGAAUGCCGAGAACGCCACAACAGGGGAAACAGCAGAAGAGAAUGAGACUGGUGACUGAACAGCUCUGACCGCCUCUGCGUAGCACCUGAUUCUUUCUCUCAAAUGCCCCACUCAAAACAAGAGAAACAAAUAUCCAUUUACGGCUGUUUGUCUCAUAGGACCAAAUGACAAAUAGCCUGGACUUCCCACAGAGUGUAACCAGUUGUGACUGACUUUGCCACUGAGGGAGGAGUCUCUUGGCCACUUCAGAAUACUUUUAAAAGUAUGAAAUAAUAAAAUCAGGAGUAAAAACUAGCCUACAUCCAGUCUUUAUAGCCUUUGAUACUAUUUGUGCUCAUUAGAGGUGAACACAUACAGUUCUGAGCUUUCGUCUAGUUCUCCCCCCCCCCAAUUCCCUGUUGCAGGUACUCUGAUUUCUCUGAAAAAUCCUCAAGUAUCUUUUCACAACUGAAGUUAAAAAUGCAAAAGCUCUUGGGUUUAGAAUUUCAUUACAUGCAGUUAAUGUAACUUGCAUGCCUUCUUCCUAUAAUAAUCUUCAGUCAUUUUUUUUCUGGCUUAAACCAUAUAGGACAUUCUUAGGGUUCUUUUGUGUGUGUGUGUUUCUUUUUAAACUAUCAACCUUGUAUUUUUAAAGUUGACAGGAAGCUGAUUUAAAGAUCAUUCUCCAAGUAGAUAGCUUGUCUUCGUAAAGAUUCUACGUUUCUUUUAAUUUGUGUGAUUUUAUUUUUAUUUUUAAAAAAUAAUAAUUACCCCAGUGCAAAAAAUAUGGUAACUCUCACAAAAUCCUUCGAGACAAAAGUGAUACCCGCAGCUUCCUCCCUCUAGUUUUCAUUUGUUAGUUUGACAUUUUAUUCAUCUGCAUUUGUCUGUUGCUUUUUGUGGACUAAAGAUGGUUAUCCAGUGGUUAUCCAUCUGCUAACAGGAAGAACCUGUCAGUGGAAUAGAGAAGGCAGGCAAUCCCCCCCCCCCCAGUUUUCCGUCUCCAUGCAGCCCUCUGUGCUUCUCAGAUCUGUUCUGCAAGGUCCCCCAACCUUCUGGAACAGAUUUAAGGGGCUGCAUGAAAAGAGGGAAUAGCCAAAAAUUGCCUGUCUUCCCUAUUCCACCGACAGAUUGCUUCAGUCAGUGCAUGGACACUUGGAUACUUCCGUUCAACUUGCCACUGCUCAGGUUGAUAAGUCGUAUAAAGUAGGAUUUUUCAGAAGAAUUCCCUCCAAACAUCUUUUUUACAUGAAUGAAUGCAAUGCUACAUAAGUGGUUGGACCUGGAAUAAGCUCUUUGUGGGAAUCGCUUUUCUAUAGUAUGUCUUUUUAAAUUGUCCAAUUGAAUUGUAUAUGAUUGUGGGAUUUUUUUUCUAUUGUAUUCCUAACCAGGUCCCUGUCUAAGACACUUACUGUAGCUGAAUUGAAGACCUGUCUUGUUAGGAGGGGGAGCUCUUGUGCUCUCUGGCAGGCAAAGUCCUUCUUGACCAAUAUAUCUGGAUUUCAAAUAUUUAAAAAAAAAAAAUUACAGUUACUACCAAAGUUUUAAGUCCAUAAAAGGAAAUAAACACAUGUUUCUUUCCUGAAAAACCUUUUCCAUCACUCUUUGUAAACUUUCUACUUUUGAUUUCUACUCUGUUCUCUUGCUCUUUUGUAAGGGUUGCUUUCAGUGCUACGUUUGGGAGGUAAAAUUGGGAACAUGUUGAGCGGAGGCUGAAUCGUAUGAACGUGAUGAGGCUGGAGGAUCAUGCACAAAACUUGCAAUUAACUGCCAUUUUAGUUUUGAACUGCUCCCAUUUGUUAACCAUGAACAAGGGAAGGGAAGGGAGGGUGGGCGGGGAAGAACUUGUUCAAAUGAGGAAUAUUUUAGCAUUUAUAAGUAAAUAUGUUUUCGUACCGCCUUUCCAUAAAGGAAAGGCUUGAGUUCAGCCACAUUACCAGUUUAUAAACCACUAAGACUUGCUGGCGGUUAAUUUAAUUUUCUAUCUUUAUUUUGAAACGUCAAGGCAAUUGUAUCUCUUGAUUAAAAAAAAAAAAAUGCCGUUGGAAAUUUUGGAAGAAAAUUCCCACAAACUGUUCUGUAACUUGAUUUUUUUUCCAAAUAAAAUUGAUUAGUGACACCUCUGGAUAGAUGAAUGGGUCUGCUAUGUUGAGGGGGUGGAAGGAUCUGGAGUGUUUCGGACCUAAACGUGGUAUGCAUGAAGAAAUGUUCCAUCUUUUAUACAUUUUAUUAGCCAUGAUGACGGAGAACGUUAAAAUGUUGAAUUCUCUUCAUGAUUCUAAACUGCUGCAGUCUCCAAAGUUCUAAAUAUCCAGAACAUGCUGAAAAUCUUUAAGAGGGCAGCUUUCCUGGUUAGUGUGUCCCUUACAUCACCUUACGGAUGAGCAGCUUUUUGGAGGGUGGAGGGUAGUAUUGUUACAUUAUCUCUUCAUUUUAAUGUCCAUGAAGGAGGAAUGAGCAUUAAGUAUUUAAGCCUCUCUUGCAUGAAGCAGGCGUGGGGAACCUGUACCUCUCCAGGUGUGUUUGAGCCCAAACCCCCAUCAGUCCAGUGGCCCCUGAUGAUGGGAUUUGAGGUCCAUCCUAAUCUGGUGGGCCACAGUUUCCACAUUCCCGGCAUAGUGAAACUCUGUCGCUCUCUUUGCUACCGUUUUAGAAGGGUAAAAUUAUGAGAUUCUUAACGCUUGGCCUACAAGAUGUUAUAUUUAUUUGCUGUUAAGCCAGAGAGACAGCUCCUUACAUUCUGGCAUUAAAUGGUUUGGUGGUGUGGUUAUUCUAACACAGGCACCCCCAACCUGCUUCCCUCCAGAUGGUUUGGCCUACAACUCCCAUGAACCGUAGCUAACAGGACCAGUGGUCAGGAAUGAUGGGAACUGUAGUCCAAAAUAAUCUGGUGGGCCACAGGUUGGGGAUGCCUGUUCUAACAAAUCUCAUUAUCCUGAUCCCAUGGUGUGCCAGGCCAUACAGCAGUAGUAGAAGACAAGGCAUGCAGUACAUUUGCAGCGCAGGUGGAAAACUGCCUCCUGAGUGUUUUACAUUGACAUUGCAGUAGCUGUUGAUAUAACUACCUUGCAAGAGAAUGCCAUGCGAUGACUUGUUCAACCUGUCGUCUUGUAGCAUUCUCCGAAGUGUUCAGAAAAGGGUCCUUACAACACAGUUGAGUUGCCCUUUACUACACACAUUGAAUGAAGUGCAAGAACUUCUGUGUUAUGAUGGAUAUGUGUAAUGAGAAGGCAUAGAUCAUUGUUAAGGGGGCUUUAACAGAAUGCAGUUUAGUGAGAUGCUUUGUGUCUUCUUUGGCGAUCACUCGUAGCUGAGCAAGAUUGUCUUCCAUGAACACGUUCUUAAUAGCGUGUCCAUAAGUGACUGUGGAGGCCAAUUCUGGAUCUGCACAUCUACAGUGGGGACAUGUUUCCUGGCGUGAUCCCUGUGAGGAUUUGCCAAACAUGCCUUCAUCUUGGCACCUUUUUCCCUUCUGUUUUGCGUUCAUGCUUCUUCAAAGUCCAGGACGCUUUGGUCAAGGCUGUUCUCCAACUGGAGCGAUCGCAGGCCCGUGAUUCGCACUUGUCUGUGUUUAUACUACAUUUAAGAUUUGCCUUGAGAGCACCUUUAAACCACUUUUGUUGCCCACUGGCAUGCUUGCCUUUCUAACGUUGGGAAUGGAGUACAGUGGUACCUCUGGUUACGUACUUAAUUCGUUCCGGAGGCCCGUUCUUAACCUGAAACUGUUCUUAACCUGAAGCACCACUUUAGCUAAUGGGGCCUGCCGCCGCCGCGCCGCUGCAAGAUUUCUGUUCUCAUCCUGAAGCAAAGUUCUUAACCCAAGGUACUAUUUCUGGGUUAGUGGAGUCUGUAACCUGAAGCGUAUGUAACCCGAGGUACUACUGUAGUUGCUUUGGAGGACGAUAAUCAGGCAUAUGAACAAAAUGACCAGUUCAACUAAUUUGAUGUGGAAUCAUUGCUUCGACACUGGUCUUUGCUUUUUCCAGUACACAUUUCUUUGCCUGUUUUCCCAAGUGAUAUGUAAGACUACUGCAACCUGAGAAGUGCCUUUGAAAUAUUCCAAAAUGAGUUCUGUUCUGAGGUCUCCCAUCAACCUUGUCUCCUUUAUGUUAGAAUUGUGACCAUUAUAAUUGUAUAAAGAAAGCUUAUACUUAGUUGGUCUUUAAGGUGCUACUGGGAUUAUUAAAAAAAAUUUUUUUUGAAAGAUUAUUUUAAAGACUGUCUUGAGACAAAAGACUUGAUUCUCUUAAGGGAGUUCUUUUUGGAUCAUCUUUUAAUAAUAAUUGAAAAAUUAUAUUUCAUCUUGUUAUUUACAGUAUUAUAAUUUUUCUUAAUUCUGUGGACCAGAAGUGCACAUUGUACAGGCUGGAUUAAACAAAAUAGCUGUGCUAGCUGAAGCCAAUGCAUCAAAUCCUGCUAUUUCAAUGGGGGGCUUCCCCCUGUCCUCACCCCACCCCCUCCAUUGGCUUUGGGAGAUGAGAAGAACCCCCAGAUCAGCACACAGAUGAAGGACAGGGGAGAUAGUUCCAUCCAACAAGCAGAAAGGCUUGUGCUGAUGGAAAAGUCCUUAACACUACCCGCCUUGGAUUUCUAUAAAACACAAUAUUAAAUUAAGAUAGGCCUGAAGCAGAGAUGCUAAUGUAGAUUUUUAAAAAUGCAGAAGACUUAGGUGAUGUGAUUUCCUGGCUUGCUUCCAUUUUUACAAUCUGUUGAAGAAUAGGUGUAGUCAUUUCAUUGUGGACAUUUUCAGAUGGCUCCAAAUUUGUAAGACUGCCACACUUUAGCUGAUUCUUUUAUUAGGUGGGAUACGCAAAGAGCAGAACUCAGCUUUUUGUUGGUAUCGCAUGCUGCCUGAUAUACUUCAUGUCUUCUUUCUGAUGUCUUGAACUAAUCUCCAUUGCUAAUGAAGUCCUUGAAGCUGUGUGUUUGCAGAGACGUUCUGUGACCUUGGGACUCCUUUGGGGAAAAGGGUGGGAUAUAAAUUUAAUAAAUAACUGAAAUAAUUAAAGUGGGGGAAGCAAAUGCUCAGACAAUAAGCUCCUCGGAAUAAAGUGGUCACUAAAUAUCAGCAGAAGGUUUUCAAAUAUCCACGGUUUUCAUUUGACGAGGGCUGGGUUUGACUUGAAAAGUGCAUGUAACUUCACAAAGAUGUAAACCUGAGGUUUUGAGAAGCCUGCAAUCCUUAAAUGUAGUAUUUUUCUAUGUAGGAGCCGGGAGUGUGGUCUUCCCCACCCUAUUGUAUUUCAAGUUCUUAAAAAAAAAAGAAGACGGCUUAAAUCUGCGGGGUGGGGUGGGGGUAUAUGAUAUUGACUUUGACUUACCGGUAACAAUUUUUAUUUUCCUUUGCAAAGCUAGGCAAGGGCCCAUUUUCAUUAAAUAUGUUUGCAUUAGCAUAGAAAAAGCAGGUCACAUUUUACUUCACAUUGCACCCUUAGUAUAUCAGGUACAGCGAUUCUAGGUGACAAUUGUAGGCAAUGAAUUUAUACAUGGGAAAGCCUGCAUAUAGCACUUUCGUAACAUCUUAAAUAUAGCUAGAUCCUAGGAGGGAUUGCCAGCCUGACCCAUGGGCACCAGGUUGUUGACCCUCAUGUAUUUUUGUGGUGGUUUGGGGUUUUUUGUUUUACAAGGAAGAUUUAUGUGUAAUUCUGGUCUAUGUGCAAUGUAUUUGGGGGGUAGAGACUGAGUGGUGUGGGCACUGGGUCAGUUUUGUCUACUUAGGAUUGGAUAGUGCUCUCUUGUAAGUGUGCACCUUGUGUGUGCUCCUAGGCUAGUGUUGUGAAUAUGCAAUUCCCAAGUAUUUUGGGUACAGCCAAGUGUUAACAAUGGUUCAGUUGCUCUAGUUCCAAACACCUUAAAUUAAAACCUGUUAGGUGCAUCCCAGUCUUCUUUUUACCUAUACGCUAAGGGCGCAAUCCUAUUAUGCCCUUACCUGGGAUUUGUUACGGCACAAAUAUGCCUAGGAUCAGCCUGCCCGUGCCUAUAAUUCAAACGAUCAGACCCUUUAUUUAAACAUGAUUAUUCCGUGGGCGUUUGCUAAAAUCCUAGGCGUGUUGUUCCAUGAUUGCUACAGUCCGUAGGGAAGAGCUGCAGCUUAAAACUACACUUUUGGAAGUCUCCCAGAUGCGCAGGCGGACUCCGUUUGCGGAUUUUUUUGCAAAUGCUCUCUGCACAUGGUCAAAGACGGUCUUGACGGCAUGUUUCAGCGCUUGAAAUUUAAUUCCACCGAAGAGUUGGGUGUGCUUGUAGCUAUUAACUGCUCCUCCGCCGGACUGUCCGGCUAACAGUGUGCAGUCUAUGCCCCGGUUAAGUCUUCGUGAACUUAGUGGGUCUUAUUUCCAGGUGUUAGGAAGGAUGGCUGAGGCUCCUACAUUCACGUCCAAAAUGGCGGCGGAGCACCCGACUACACUCUGAGAGAAAUGUGUCCCCUCUCCCGUGCGCAAACUACAACUCCCACCAUGCAAUGCGAAGACCGCCGUUCGUGACGCGACCCUGCCGCCCGCCCGCCGCGUGACGUAUAAAUAGCAACCAACCGCCUACCUCUGCCUUUCCUUUGCUGCCGCCACCGCCAUCUUGUGACGGAGCUGCUCUGUGGUGGCUGGCGAGGUCUAUCCGUCGCCAUCCGGCCACAGCCUUGCUGCCUGUUCUCAGGGACUGAGCCCGGGGGACCCACCCCGACAUGAGAGCUAAGUGGCGAAAGAAGCGAAUGCGCAGGCUGAAGCGCAAAAGGAGAAAGAUGAGACAGAGGUCCAAGUAGAUGUCUCACAGUGCUACUGAAGCUGCAGAACUAGAGUAUGGAAGGGCGGAGCUUGAAAAGCUGAUUUCCAGAUAACACCUUCUAUUUGCUGCUGCUAGAAGACUCCUUGCCUAUCUUCAGGAGAUUCCAUCUUAAAGCUUAAGAGCGGUGAUCUUUCAAGGGGUGUGUGGGCCCCUGAGCUUUACUCUUCUGGACUGAUCUUGUUCUUUGUAGCUUGAUGUAGUGACUUGUAUACAAUAAAAUUCCUUUUUUGGGGGAA